ACCACUUCCGAGACGAUGUCGUUCUCUCGCCUCCUCCAGCGCGCCUUCUGCACCGCCACCCAAUCCAACGCCGCCACCACCACCAACAGCAUUGGCGCCAUUUCCACCGACCUCUACAAAGAGCGCAACCUGAAACGCCUCGUCGAGAAGUUUAAGAAGUCCUCCGAGCUCUACCGCUUCCGUACCAAAACCCCCAUUUACGAGAACACCGUCCGCCGUCUCGCAGCCGCCAAACGUUUCAAAUGGAUCGAGGAGAUCCUGGAGGACCAGAAGCAGUACCCGGACUUUUCCACGGAGGGAUUCGCUGUCCGACUGGUUACGCUUUACGGGAAAGCUGGCAUGUUCGAAAAUGCCGAGAAGGUGUUCGACGAAAUGCCUGAGAAAAGCUGUGAGCGCACCGUCUUGUCCUUUAAUGCCCUCUUGGGUGCUUGUGUUAACUCCAAGAAAUUCGACAAGGUUGAUGAGGUUUUUAGAGGGGUCUCGCAGAAGUUGUCAAUUGAGCCGGAUGUGGUGUCGUAUAAUACUGUGGUCAAAGCGUUUUGUGAAAUGGGUUCGUUGGAAUCGGCCGUUUCAAUGCUUGUUGAGAUGGAGAAUAAGGGUGUUGAGCCGGAUGUGAUCACAUUCAACACGAUCAUGAAUGGGUUGUAUGUGAAUAAUCAGUUUUUGGCAGCCGAAAAAAUAUGGAGUCGAAUGGUGGAGAAGAAUGUUGUGCCUGAUGUUAGGAGCUACAAUGCCAGGUUGCUGGGAUUGGCUUCGGAGAAGAAAACUAACGAGGCGGUUGAGUUAUUCGAGGAAAUGAGGAACAAGGAAGUGAAACCUGAUGUUUUUAGCUUCAAUGCCUUGAUCAAGGGAUUUGUUAAUGAGGGGAAAUUGGAAGAAGCUAAACAGUGGUACCGUGAACUGGUGAAGAGUAGUUGUGCUCUGCAAAAAUGGACUUUCCAGAUGCUUGUUCCCUUUGUUUGCGAGAAGGGUGAUUUGGACUUUGCCUUUGAACUCAGCGAGGAAAUUUUCAAAAGGCGCCUCCUUGUCGAUGUGGAACUAUUGCAGGUUGUGGUGGACGGGCUGGCUAAGGCUUCCAGAAUCAAUGAAGCAAAGAAGAUUGUGAAGCUUGGGAACACAAAUACUUACCGGCGUUACAAUUUGCAGUUGCCUUCGGAGGACUAAUGUAUUUCUGUUGUUCUUUGUUCUGUUUUGCGUGUUGAAACGUUUGUGGUUUUAUUGCUAGACCCUUUAAAUUUUACUAUUUAAAUUCGUGAAAGCUUCAAUAAUUUCUUCA